AUGUGCUGUUUCCGUAUUGGGAAUCAACUGCUGCAUAAGUUAAAAUCUUCCUUGGAUAAUAUAAGCGUGGACGGAGUCCUGACUAAUCUUACUCUCUCUGGUCUCCCGUCGCUUAAAGUGGGCAGGAAUGGAAAAUCUCUUCUAGUAAGCGGUACUCUAUCUAUUGAUGGACAAUACAGCUUGUAUGGAACUGCAAGCGGUUCCCUUUUGGAAGGACAAGGAGGGAUCAGUAUAAAACUGGCUGACUACGAUGUCGAAGCUUCUUCAGAUUAUACUGUCAUUGACGAAAGCAAACUGGCUAUCAACUCUGUGGAUAUAAAACUGUCUGCACCUUCAAUUAAGGUAACCUACGAGAACCUUGUACUAGAUAUGGGUGCAACACAAUUUCUCAACGACCUUCUACGACAUUAAAAAAUAAAUAAGCUCAAGUGCAAUGGUCAGGAAGGUAAUCAACCACUACACUGUGUACAAUGUGCAUAUGGGUGAAAAACAGAAAAGCAAAGAAAACAGAAUCAGCUCAUAAUAUGAGUAUGCAUAAAUUUUGUAACGCUAAUGGCAUUAUUUUCACCAAGAAGUUCACAUCUCAGAAGCAAUUUGUAU